AUGGAUGUGGUUAAGGAGUCACAUCCUUUUCUUUAUAUGACAGAGUGUACUGAGUGUCAUACCGCAAAACGUGAUGGCGUUGAGUCAUUUAUUAUUCACCUUGCUAAGGAACACAGCAUACCAACCGAAUGGCCGAGUGACAGGGCUGCCCGAUUAACCGGAGCAGAGGCAAAGAAGCCGUACACUACUGUUGCUGCUACCCGAAAGAAACGAAGAAAGCUGACAACGCCAAGGCCGCUUAAUAGCUUUAUGAUUUUUGCUCAGCAUAUUCGGCGUAACGUUCUAGCAAUCUUUGAAGCUGCUUCAAGUUCAAACGUCAGUCGCCUGUUGGGUGAGGCCUGGAAUUCAAUUUCUAAAGAAGUUCGGGCUGCAUAUGAUGAAGAGGCUGCGCGUCUAUCUAAAAUCCAUAACAUAGAAUUCCCAACUUACAAAUACCAACCAAAACCACGCCAGUGGCAGCCCAGCAGCGUCACGGCAACUACCCCUGCCGCUCCUGCCACUGUUGAUGAUUCGUGCCCUGCUCACGUCCAGCCGGCACCGACGCCAACUUCUACCGUUUCGUGGCUCCCUGCGACGACUGUCUUAACAGUUUCGAUUCCGUCAGCCACUACAUCUGUUAAACGGCCUUCAUCACCGGUCGCAGUUAAACCGGAGCCACCUACAACCCCACCAUCGUUUCCCCAGCUGCUUGCACCGGCUUCGGUUCUACCGGCAUCUCCUCUGCGACCCAAAAUACUUAUCCGCGAUAUUCGCCCGUCGUCCGCCCAAUCGCGUACAUCUCGACUAGCCCCCAAUUUAACGAACAUAGCCCCCACGACUCUUAUGCCUCCUAUACCUCCUCUCGGAACGGCCAUAAAGCCAGAACCCUUCAACGGCCCGGAGCAUAAUACUAAUAACCACACUUCGCCCUGUCCUUCAUCUCCUUCCCCUCCACCUCGAACGCCCUCUCCUAUAAUGCAAUUCACAUCUAUGCAGGAGGGUCUUGUCGCGGAAACUAAUAUUCAGCUUCAGCCUAAGCCUCCUAUUGAUAUAUCGGUACAGCAAAAGAUCGCUUCUGAACUAGCAGUGUUACAGAAGCUUAUUAAUCAAUCAGCUACGACUUCUCAACAGACACAGCAACAACAAACGCAGACAACCCCGAAGCCCUGCAUCCUUCUCACUCCAAUUCAAUCAGAUAUUGGACAACAGGCGAUUAUAUCAUGUGGCCAGUCCUCAACCUUGCCCACAUUGCUCACCUGCGGCAACACUAUCUAUGUUGCCCUGACUGUAAUGCAAGCACCCUUGCAGUCAGCCGCUGUGGCAACGGGGUCGGGGCUUAGAGUUCCCGCGACACAAGAACAUGCUGGACUUGAGGUGGAGAGACCGGGUAACUCAGGGGGUGUGCUGGAGACUAAUCUGGUCGAUUUGUUGCGUUCCUUGGACACCAGUCAGAUCCACUCGACUGGAGAUAGUCGGUUGGCUGAGUUGUUAAAGGCUGCUGCGGCCACCACAGGCAAAUGA